GUUAAACCCCGCCGUCCCAAGAAAGUGUGAAGUACCGAACUGUAAAGUACCGAAAGCAACAUAUUUAAGACGAGCGUUUAGUAAUGAGGUUAAGUAGUAACAUUACAACCUUCGAGAAACUCGAAUAGAUCUCCAGUAUUUACGAGUAUAUAGUGUAGGUGUUUUAAGCAUUCAAGAUGUUCUUCCCUCUCAUUUUCUUAAGCGUCUUCCUGUGUACUUACACCAUGGCCUUCCCGGAGCCCGUUUACCAUCCAGGCGACUUUAAAUUGAUCAAACCCACCUACAAACCGCAGCAACUACCAAUCCUCAUCCAUCCCACCUAUAAUCCCAAAUAUCCAACGAAGUACAUCCGAUUGAGACGUCACGCGGACGGAAACGAUCCUACCACCAAAAGACCCGGCUGGGAAGUGCAACCGGAUCUGAGCAGGGAUGGAAAAGGAAACACCAAAGGGCGCGUUGUCCUGGAAAACCACGGAAAAGACCACGAUUUCGAGGCUGGAUGGGGCCAAACGAUCCGCGGUCCCGACAAGCAUUCUGAGACUUGGCACGUGGGCGGUAGUUACCGGUGGUAGUAGUGUCAUAAUUAUUUCGUUUUUUUUUUUAAAUAAAAAGUUUUUAAAGAAAA